UCCCCAUCACUGCACCGCACAUCUCUAGUCUCCUCAACUCGCGCGUUUCCUAGAGGAUCCCAUACCCAGCCCCUCCCGCGUGACUAUAACGGACGGCCAUGGCGGCGUCAGGGGCGGACGCGGUGAGCGCGUGGCUGCUGCAGACCACGAGUGCUGACGAGGCCGCCGUGAGAUCUGCCAGCUCAGCACUGGAGGAAGCUUCCAAGCACCCGGGGUUCCUGGGCCACGUGCUGUCCGUCGCAGCAGUGCCCGGCUCCCCUGCAGCUCUCCCUGCAGCCCUCUAUUUCAAGAACGUUGCCGUGGUCAAGUGGCGGGGGGCGGGCAGCAAGGGGCACGUGCAGUUGCCAGGGGGGAGGGAGGAGCAGGAGGCGGUGCGGGUGCAACUGGUGGAGGUGCUACUGCGGUGCACGCCAGGGAAGAUCCUGACCGUGCUUACGGAAGCGUUCUCUGCGGUGGUUCGAACCGAGUUGGCUUCCCCCUCCGGCUGGCCGCAGCUACUCCCAGGGCUGAAAGCGGCCCUGCAGUCCAGUGAUCUAAUCCGAGCCGUUGAUUCUGCCUCCGCUGCUCCUGGACCGUCGGAUCCUGCUGCAGCAUUCUCUACAGUCACUGUGCUUACAGUCCUUCGUGCCGUCACUAAGCCUUACAGGUACUUCCUGGACCCCAGCAAGGAGAAGGAGCCCGUGCCGCCAGUGCUAGAAACGAUCACCUCUGACCUGCUGCUGCCGCUCAUGCCGCUCAUGCACCACCUCAUCACGGCUCAGGCGCAGCUGUCAAGCCCUCAAGCACCAUCACCUCACGACGAAGCCCUCCUGCUCAUCCUCAAGACCCUCCACCUCUCGGUGCAGAGCCACAUGCCAGCCGCCAUUCGCAAGAAUCUCGAUGCCAUCGUCCCUGAGCUGCUGCUUCUGCUAUCGCACUGCCCGGCAACCCUAGCUGCUGCAGCUGCUGCUGCUGCUGCCGCCGCUCAGGAGGGCAUGGAGGGGGGAGGGGGGUCGGCGGAGGGGGGGGCUGUGGUGUGGGAGGUGCGGCUGAAGGCGAGCAAGAGAGCGCUGCAGAUCUGCCAAGCGCUGGCGAGCCGGCACCAGAAGCUGGCGAAUAAGCACUUUCCCGCCAUGGUAGACUCCAUCAUGGGCAUCGUCUGCAAUUCUCUGUGGACCAAUAAGCCCUCUUCAGCUGCCCGUCGUGUUGCCGCGGUUGCUUUCAACGCCAUCUCGCAAGUGCUCGACUCCGCUCCGGGUUGGAAGGUGGUGGCUCCCAACUUCGCCCAUCUGCUUGAGUCGGCCAUCUUCCCCGUGCUUUGCCUGCGCCCCCACGAUUUGGAGCUGUGGGAUGAGGACGAGGAGGAGUAUGUACUACGGAAUCUACCCACAGAUUUAGAUGACUUGGAUGAGAUUGACAGCUAUGAUCCACGGCAGUGUGCUGCUCACCUGCUGGCGCUCAUUGCCACUUCCAAGGGCAGCCCAGCCAAGGGCAAGCCGGGAGCAGCAGCCGCACCCUCCAAGUCGACUUCACCAGCAGCAGGCAGAAGGAGACAGAGACGGCCGGCCGCCACUAAGGACACGGAUGCAGCAGCUGCCACUGUGGUGCUUCCUUUCCUCUCCAGGUUCGCCGUACCGGCCGAUGCUGCAGUCCCGUUGGACGGCAUGUUUGCGCCGGGGGAAGGGGGGCGGCUGGCUCCUGCGGAUGCAGCCAGUGCUGCUGUCGUCCACUACUUUGGCGUCCUGCAAGCGUAUGCUGCCAUGAAAGAGUACUUUGAGCGGCAGCCCAGUCAGCUGGAGCAACUGCUGCCAGUGCGCGUUCUGUCUCUCUUCGCGCAGCGCCACGUCAGCGCCGUCCUACUGGCCUCUGCCACGUGGCUGCUGGGAGAGCUCUCUGCCGCCCUGCCAGAGUCCCUGCACGCCCCUGUGUACGGGGCGACCAUGAAGGCCAUGGCAGCGGGGGACGUGGACGGGCAGUCGUGGGCCGUGGUGCGCACUGCGGCCUCUCAUGCCGUCUCCUACUUCAUCCAGAAUGACGUGGAGCCAUCCGAUUGGCUGGCGUUUCUUCAAGCCAUAGUAGCAGCAACAAGGGCAGCAGAGGAGAGCGAGGCAGUGAGGGCUCUGGACCUGUUGGAGUCAGUGGCGGUGGAGGGGGGGGAGGGCGUGCACGUGCACCUGCCAGCCAUUAUUGAUGCGGUGGCCAAUGACACGUGUGCUGCUCUGCCACCCCAAGACCAGCCCUGGUCUCAGGGGGGAAGGGGGGAGGGGGGAGGGGGGGGGGGAGGGGGAAGGGGGGGAGGAGGGGGGGGGGAGGGGGGAGGGGGGGAGGGGGGGAGGGGGGGAGGGGGAGGGGGGGGGGAGGGGGGGGAGGGGGGGAGGGGGGGGGGAGGGGGGAGGGGGGAGGGGGGGAGGGGGGAAGGGGGGGAGGGGGGAGGGGGCAAGGGGGGAGGGGGGAGGGGGGAGCGUGUGUGGGCGCUCUUCUCAGCGCUGGCGUCUCUGGUCGAGUCAUGGGCCGAUGACGAGCUGCCAGGGGGAGAGGACGAGGAGGAGGUGGAGGAAGGCGAGGAGAGGGAGGGGAGGGAGGGAGCAGGGACGGAGGAGCGGAAUCGGAGGGCGGUGGAAGUGGCAGCGUCUGUGGCGCGGGUGCUCAGAGUGGCAUGGCUGAAUGAGCCGGUAGAUCCAUCCCUCUUGAAGACCCAGCCAUCAGUCGCACCAGCAUCAGAGCAAGGGGAGGACAAGGAGCCGCCCCCCACCUCGUGGUUCGACGCCUCUCUGCUGCUCUCCUUCGUGCUCAAAGCCGCUGCCAACGUUCCCUCCUCAUCCUCCUCCUCCGUCCCUGCUGCUACAACCGCUGCUGCUACAACCGCUGCUGCUGCUACAACCGCUGCUGCUACAGCUGGUGCUGCAGCAGCGGAUGCAGUGGUGCUGGUGGGGCAGUGGCAGGUGGUGCCCCUGUUGGACAAGUGGGUGGAGCUGAUUGCAGAGUGGACGGCUUGGGAGGAGGAUGAGGACGAGGCGGUGUUCCAGACCAUCGAUUCUCUGCUUCUGUUGAACAGCCGGACGCCGCUGCCAGACUUCAUUUCCAAGGCCCCUCCGCCGCCUCCUCUGCCACCCGUGCCGCCCCGCUCCAUCCUCGAAGGCAUCGCGUGCUUCGUCUCGUCUGCGCUCUCCGACGGCUCUCCUGCUGCCACGUGGCGCGCAUCCAGGCACUCCCACAUGCUGCUGAACGCUGCUGCCGUGGCGCUCAAUGGGGGGCCUGUUGCUGCUGCCCUGGCAGGGAGAUUUGCAGAGGCCUCCCUGACUCGCCUCUCCUCCUCCCCCUCCCUCUCCACCAUCCGCUACAUCGCCAAGCCCCUCCUCCUCUCCCUCUUCUCCUCCCUCCUCGCCUCCCCCGCCUCCGUCUUCCCCCUCCUCCUCUCCCCCGCGCCUGCUGCUCCUGCUGGGGGGAAGGAGGCGGGGGAAGGAGAGGGGGAGAAGGGGGAGGAGGGGAGGAGGGGGGUUGAUGCUGGGGUGGUGGUACGGUGCGUGGAGAGCCUGCUAGCCUUGCACGCAGAGCCUGGGCUGGUCUUGGAAUCAGAGCUGAAGCUCACAGUUCUCGCCCUGACUUGCCUGGUGCAGCAGUCGGCAGCAGCAGCAGCGCAGACAGGCGCGUCGCUCCCAGCAGUCGUGCUGGCAGCAGCAAUGGCAGCGAUGCUGCGGCUGAAAGCGGUGAAGGAGGAGGCGAGCAGCAUGGAGGGGAGCGAGGAGGGGGAGAUGGGGGAUGACGAUGACGAAGAAGAAGAAGAGGAGGAGGAUGAGGAGGAGGAGAUCGACCUAGAUGGGGAUCUUGACGAUGCUGAGCUGGAGGCCGCGCUGAUGAGGCGGUAUGCGGAAGCGGCGACCAUGAUUGGCUCGAUGGAGGAGGAGGAGGCUGACGUGGAGGACGAGUAUGGGAUCGAGCUCGAGCUAGGUCUCACAGGUUUGCAGGACGAGCAGGCGGCGGUGAGGGCGUGUCUGCAGCAGCACUGGGCGGCUCUCGGCCCGCAGGUGGUCACUCUCAAGCCCUCACUCUCUUCUAACUUCGCUGAGGCCUUCCCUCCGGCCAAGCCGUUCCUUCUUUAGAGCUGCUUGCCAGGCUCUCCACUGCUAGAGCUGCUGCUAGGCUAGAAGGGGAGGGUAAGGAAGGGAAGGGAGGGAGCUAUGUGGGGCCUCUGCUGCUAGAGCUGCUGCUAUGUGUGGCGCAUCUCCUGCCAGCACUGGGCUGCUCUUGGCCCUCAGGUGGCCACCCGCAAGCCCUCGCACUCUUCUGAGCCUUCCUCCUGCCAAGCCGUUCCUGCUGUGAGGCACUUACUCCCUCCCGCUUUAAGGCAUCUCAAGACAGCGGUGAGAGCUCGUCUGCAGCAUAACCGGGCCGCUCUUAGCCCGCAGGUUGUCACGCUCAAGCCAUCACCUGCUGAAUUUUCUCAAGCCCUACCUCUGGUCAAGUCGUUAAUGCUGAGAGACAAUUAGGCUUAGGCCCUAUUGCAUUACUGCCUUGCAUGCAAAGUUCCUGCUAACUUUUAGGGCAGUCUGAGAAUCAGACAGGGUACGAAAGUUGUCUGACCAUCAUAUGAGCUGUUUGGCUUGGUCUAAAAUUUCAGAUGAAGUAUACAGCCUUAU